AUGAAUAAGCGACGAAACAAUAGUGCACAAGCCACGAACCGGAACUCUCCAUGCUUACCAACCAAAGAAAAAGCCAAAAUCCUCAACUUAGACAAUUCUUUAAGGCUGAACAAGCCAAAUAAAGAAUCCCCAUUUCCGAGCGGUUCUUUGAAAAUUUUGAAGAAAGGCCAAAACCUUCAUUUAAAGCCAAGAUCUCCUGAGAGGUAUAGGCAGAACUUCGACAUUCAAGAUGUUAUUGAAAAUCUAGGCUGUCAAAAGUCAAGCAGGCCUUUUAAGAUCCUUGAUUAUCAAGAAUCUGAGGUCUCCCACACAAGAACGCCUACAACUAUUGUAAAAGAAGUAAAUCAAAGCUAUCAGUUUGUGUCUGCUUUGAGCAGUAUCCCAGACUCUGACCAGUCAAAAUCACAAAUUUCAAUUGAUUUUUCAGAUUGCGGUAAAGAAAGUAUUGACCUAAAAUACCUAGACAUAUCUGAUGAAAUCCUCAGCGAUUUUUCUUUUACUGAAGAAGGAGAAGAGCCAAAAGAAAAACUCAACGCAAAGUCUUCUUUUAAUUCUAACCAAGACAGCACAAAGUUUUCAAUUUUUAGCUCGCUAGCUGAGCCAAAAAGCCAAUAUUUAACAGAAAUAAGGCAAACACCUUCAAAAAAGCCUAUUGAAGAAAGAUAUUCAACUAUUUAUACACUCAGCAGCGAUUCUACAGCAAAGAAUGUACAUACUUUGAAUUCUGAAAGGCAAUCUCCAUAUGUGGAAAAAUUAAAAAACACUUUGACAACAAGGGUCACUACAAAUACAAUGGAAAAUGAGACGGAAAUACAUACAGAGCCUAACUCCCUCCCUUCAGGAGCGAACAAAAAAUUUUGUUCACUCACGUAGGAGAUUAAUUUUUUUUUUUACAAAAAUUUAUAUAUAUAAUUUUAUAGUAAUUUUAUUUCGAAAUUUAAAAAAUCCAUAUUCGAAAUAAUUUUAAAGCAAAUAUUAAUUUAAUUGUAAAAUUUAUGCUCUAAAAUGCAAGCUGUUUGAAAUUAAAAAGAAUUAACUCGAUAUUUCUUUAUAAUGAUUAUUAUUAUAUAUCAAAUAAUUUUUCAUAAAAAAUUUUUUACUCAAUCACGAAGGCGGUUUUUUGGGAAAAAAAAUAGGGAUUUUUCAAAUAGUUUUAUUCACUCACGAAGGGGAGCAAGGAUUUUUAUUAUGAGAAGAAAAAUGUGAAGGAAUUUAAACUGGAAAACGAGAGCCUUGGGAUUAUGCCGACAAGAGCAUAUUGCAAAAACUGCAGAAUUGAGGUGUUGACAAGCAUUAAGCUAGAAAUUCCACCACUGCCACUGUAAGAUUUAUUUAGAUGAAAACGCCUUUGCUGCUCUAAUUGCUAUGGAAGCAAUAAUCUUGACAAUUUGCAAGAAAUUGCUCACUAUUGCAGAAAAUGUAAAGGGUUAAUUGGAAAAAUCCAGCCUAGAAGGAUAAUGUAA